AUGGUGGCGGUGGCUGGUGGCGGUGGAUGGUGGCGGUGGAUGGUGGCGGUGGCUGGUGGCGGUGGUCGGUGGCGGUGGCUGGUGGUUGGUGGCGGUGGCUGGUGGCGGUGGUUGGUGGCUGGUGGCGGUGGCUGGUGGCGGUGGUUAGUGGCGGUGGUUGGUGGCUGGUGGCGGUGGUCGGUGGCUGGUGGCGGUGGAAGGUGGCGGUGGUUGGUGGCUGUGGUUGGUGGCGGUGGCAGUGGUUGGUGGCGGUGGUUGGUGGUGGUGGUUGAUGGCGGUGGUUGGUGGCAGUGGUUAGUGGUGGUGGUUGGUGGCGGUGGAUGUUGGUGGAUAGUGGUUGGUGGCUGGUGGCGGUGGCUGGUGGCGGUGGCUGGUGGCGGUGGCGGCGGUGGAAGGUGGCGGUGGAUGGUGGCGGUGGAUGGUGGCGGUGGUUGGUGGCGGUGGAUGGUGGCGGUGGCUGGUGGCGGUGGAUGGUGGCGGCGGCUGGUGGCGGUGGAUGGUGGCGGUGGCUGGUGGCGGUGGCUGGUGGCUGGUGGCGGUGGUUGGUGGCGGUGGAUGGUGUGGCGGUGGCUGGUGGCGGUGGCUGGUGGCGGUGGCUGGUGGCGGUGGUUGGUGGCGGUGGAAGGUGGCGGUGGUUGGUGGAUAGUGGCGGUGGUCGGUGGCGGUGGUUGGUGGCGGUGGAAGGUGGCGGUGGAAGGUGGUUGGUGGUUGGUGGCGGUGGAAGGUGGUGGUGGUUGGUGGCUGGUGGCGGUGGAAGUUGGCGGUGGUUGGUGGCUGUGGUUGGUGGCGGUUGUUAGUGGCGGUGGCCGGUGGCGGUGGUUGGUGGCGGUGGUUGGUGGCGGUGGCUGGUGGUGGUGGUUGGUGGCGGUGGUUGGUGGUGGUGGUUGGUGGUUGGUGGCGGUGGAUGGUGGUGGUGGUUGGUUGGUGGCGGUGGUUGGUGGCGGUGGAUGGUGGCGUUGGUUGGUGGCGGUGGUUGGUGGCGGUGGUUGGUGGCGGUGGAUGGUGGCGACGGUGGUUGCGCAGGUGCAGAGCCAGAGCAUGUGCUGA